AUGAGCUACUCCAACAUCCGGCGGCCUCUCCAGCCUCAAAGCCCUGGUUAUCGCCGCAGGAGAUCCCCUUCCCCAUCUUCUUUCCCCCCUGACGUCCAGGACGACAGACGAAUUGUGAAUGCCCUAGGCGUCCUUCCUACCCCACCUCCAGAGCUUGAAUACCCACGCCCCCAUCAACGCCAAGAUCGUCAGCGGCCAGAAGUCUAUGUUCCAUCUCACGAGGCAAUUUUCCAGCAUCAGUCGUUCGAUGACGGAUCGGUCUCCAGAAAUUUUGGCCUUUCUGGCCCUAAUAUUCCUCGAUGUCGCUCGCCCGAACCAAGGUUAAAUAAUGUUUUAUGA